CGUGAACAGUAUACAAUAUCAUAUAAUACCUAUUAAAACCGGAUGCUCCGAAUACGCGUUGCGCGAAUAUAAUCGUCCGCCGUUGUGUUUGAGCAUAACAAACGGAAUGCAAGCCAACAACGAAUUUUGGGAACCGUUGACCACGCGACCCAUGCAAAUGCCCAUGAUUUGUGCGUUCGACAAAUGCAGUAAACGGUACGAUAAAGAAUUCGUAAGACGAUUGUUUAAGACCAUAUUUUGUCGAUUGACCGAACACGGCGAAUAUUUUCCAAAAAACAAUAAUUCGGCUCUGGACAUGAUACACCGGCACGUGGUUACCGACGGAUUGGGCGAAAUUGUUUUAUGCAACAAGCACCUGUUACUGCGACACUCGACCUACGAAUUGAAUACUAAAAACGGCAGCGUUGCGGCAAAACCGCAACGCCAAGUCGCCGAUCUGAAACGUCGGUAUAAAUAUCAGACGUCGGCUUGGGAACGCGAAGUUUUAAAAGUGUUGUUUCCGCGCAACGAUCAACGAGUACCGUUGGAAACCCGUACGUGGCUGGCGUCGUUAUUGAAAUCGAACGACAACGAUGCAAAGCGCACUAGAACGUCAUUGGAAACUGCGUGAAACUCAUCCAAAAAUAGAAAAGUAUAUUUAUAAAAAUGAUCCGGCUCUGUUUGCGUACGCGCCUACUGCUUGGGAUCACGAACAACUGUCGACACACAUACCCGGUUCAGUACCACGUAUAGACAACGCGAUCGCUCAACUGUUGUCGGGUCCGGUACUUUUGCAUAAACGUAAAAUAGUGAUUGUCGCGUAUUCUAUUUAUGAAAUACCGAAUCAAAAUAUAUUGCAUAUUGUACGUUUACGGAAAAAUAAAAACUAUUAAAACCGAUGAA